CCCGGGACGGAUGGAUUUGUCGAGAGCGGGAGGGGAGGAGAAGGAAGAAGCGGGGGCCUUGAGGGAGUGGGAGGCCCUUAUGGACGCCUGGGCCGGGGCUCAGGGGGAGUCCCCCCAGCCGCCCCUCCCCCCGCUCUCUAAGAGGUUUCCCCGCCGGCUGUCCAAGCUGCCCCUGCGCCGCCGCCUCCUCCAGGAGGCCCGGUUCCUGACCCGGGUGGUGGCCACGGGCCUCAGCACCGUGGGCUUCCUCCUCAUGGUCACGGCCGCCUUGUCCCCACACUGGCUGAAGACCCACAGCGUUCACCUCAACGAGACGGCCGCCCUCCCGUCCAUCCCCGGCGGACCCUGGGAGCCCUGUGUCCAGGACUGCUCCACCCUCGUCGUGUCAAUCAACGCCUCCGCUCAUACGCUGGGGCGACAGCACCUGUUGCUGGAAGCGACCAAGUUCAGCUUCCUGUUGGCCAUGAUCUCGGGUUUCCUUCUCACCUGCUGGCUCUUUUGCACCUUCCUCCCACUGUCGCAGAAGGUCACCUCCUUUGACCUGAUCGCGGCCUGCAGUUGCGGCUUCACAGAAAGUUGCCUCCUCUUCACCCUCCUGCUGUACCCUAUUCACCUCCAGUUGGUGCUGGCUGAGGGGAAAGAAGGGGUCCGCCUGGAACUGGGCAACUUUCUGGACUGGAGCUACUUUCUGGGUUGGAUGGUGACCCUGAUCUAUUUGGCAUGUGGGGUCCUCUGCUACCUCAACCACAGGAAUUUCUGGAGCAUCCUCCCCCGCCAGCGCCAGCAGUUCCCAACCACAAGCAGGAACUCGGUUUCCGAGGCGCCCGAGUGGCAGGAAUCCUGGACGGGCGGGGGGGCCGCGGCGACACCUGCCACGAAGAAACCCAUCAAAUUUCCCUCCUGCCCGACGAGCCCCAUUCCCAACCGGACCCCCUCCUUGUCCCCAUAAAGGGGGACCCUUCCCGGCACCCCCUCCCCGUGCCCCGGGGUAGGCCCGUUCCCGAGGGGGCGGCGGAGGACCCGGGGCCUCCCGCUCUCGCCGUCCCGGGGGGGCUGGCUUACUUCCUCCAUUGGCCCUGCCCCUCUUCUCAGCAUCCUCUCCCACCCCGCCCCCUAAAAUAAAGUUUUUGUCUGACUCCA